AGGCGAUGGUAAUAUUCAGUACUUCCUGAAAGGCAUUGGCGCAGAUAGGUAUCCAUUCCAUGUGUUUACAAUUAAUUUUGAAACUGGACACAUUUUUGUGACCAAAAAGCUCGAUAGGGAGUUCAUCGAUUCGUACAAUCUGAAGGGUGUUGCAAUGUUCACUGACGGCACAAUGGCCGAGGACAUGGUCCUCAUUCGGUUCAAGGUUGUAGAUAAGAACGACAACAGUCCAGUGUUUGGAAAGAUCCAGUCUGGGAGGGUGCCUGAGCUCAGUCCUCCAGGAACCUCAGUUAUGAAAGUCGUGGCAACGGAUGAUGAUGAACCUGGAAAUAUCAAUUCUAUAAUUGCCUAUAGCCUCAUAAGUCAGAAUCCACCUGAUGACAUGUUUUACAUGAACAGAGAUGGAACCAUCUACGUCAAAAAGCCUUUGCUGGAUAGAGAGAAUCAAAGCCAGUACAUUCUGACAGUUAGAGGUCAAGACUUAAAUGGCCAACCAGGGGGAAACAGUGGAACCGGCACCGUUACCAUUAAUGUCCUAGGUGUGAAUGACAUGUUUCCCACUCUGGAAAAAGAGGAGGUGGUUGCUAUGGCGGGAGCUAGCACUGGAGGCAGUCUGGUGGGAAGAAAAACAAAAUGGAUUCCUCCGGCAAAAAAAAUUUAUGAAAAUGAAGAACCUCCUGCAAGCCACGUUGCUUAUAUUCAUUCAGAUAAGGAUUCAGGCAGUGGUAAUGUUCAGUACUCCCUGAAAGGCGUUGGCGCAGAUAGGUAUCCAUUCCAUGUGUUUACAAUUAACUCUGAAACUGGACACAUUUUUCUGACCAAAAAGCUUGAUAGGGAGUUCAUCGAUUCGUACAACCUGACGGGUGUUGCAACGUUCACUGAUGGCACAGAGGCUGAGGAAAAUGUCAUCAUUCGGUUCAAGGUUGUAGAUGAGAACGACAACAGUCCAGUGUUUGGAAAGAUCCAGUCCGGGAGGGUGCCUGAGCUCAGUCCUCCAGGAACUUCGGUUAUGAAAGUCGUGGCAACGGAUGAUGAUGAACCUGGCAAUAACAAUUCUAUAAUUGCCUAUAGUCUCAUAAGUCAGAAUCCACCUGAUGACAUGUUUUACAUGGACAGAAAUGGAACCAUCUACGUCAAAAAGCCUUUGCUGGAUAGAGAGAAUCAAAGCCAGUACAUUCUGACAGUUAGAGGUCAAGACUUAAAUGGCCAACCAGGGGGAAACAGUGGAACCGGCACCGUUACCAUUAAUGUCCUAGGUGUGAAUGACACGCUUCCCACUCUGGAAAAAGAGGAGCUCCAGGUGGUUGCUGUGGCGGAAGCUAGCACUGGAGACAGUCUGGUGGGAAGAAAAACAAAAUGGAUUCCUCCGGCAAAAAAAGUGAAUGAAAAUGAAGAACCUCCUACAUACCACGUUGCUUAUAUUCAAUCAGAUGAGGAUAACGGCGAUGGUAAUGUUCAGUUCUUCCUGAGAGGCGCUGGCGCAGAUAGGUAUCCAUUCCAUGUGUUUAUAAUUAACUCUGGUACUGGAAGCAUUCAUCUGACCAGAAAGCUUGAUAGGGAGUUCAUCGAUUCGUACAACCUGACGGCGGGUGCAAUGUUCACUGAUGGCACAGAGGCCGAGGACAUGGUCCACAUUCGGUUCAAGGUUGUAGAUAAGAACGACAACAGUCCAGUGUUUGGAAAGAUCCAGUCCGGGAGGGUGCCUGAGCUCAGUCCUCCAGGAACCUCAGUUAUGAAAGUCGUGGCAACGGAUGAUGAUGAACCUGGAAAUAUCAAUUCUAUAAUUGCCUAUAGCCUCAUAAGUCAGAAUCCACCUGAUGACAUGUUUUACAUGGACAGAGAUGGAACCAUCUACGUCAAAAAGCCUUUGCUGGAUAGAGAGAAUCAAAGCCAGUACAUUCUGACAGUUAGAGGUCAAGACUUAAAUGGCCAACCAGGGGGAAACAGUGGAACCGGCACCGUUACCAUUAAUGUCCUAGGUGUGAAUGAUACGUUUCCCACUCUGGAAAAAGAGGAGUAUGAUGGAAGCACUGAGGAGAAUGAAAAUGGUGUGGAGGAAAUGAGCAUCAAAGCAGAGGAGCAGAGGAAAGUCACCAACCACCUGAACGUGUAUGAGUCUUAUAUUUCCCAACGUUAUUGGUGCUUUAGCCCAGGCACCUCAAAACGUUUCAAGCUCAAGAAGCCGAGUUUUAAUCCCAGCAUUAAAACUAUUCCCCUCUCAGAGGAACCCAACACCAUCAACGUUAACGACACUAUUGGCCGCUACACUGCAGUAAAUGGAUACGCAGGACUACCAGCUGGAAAUGUCAUGUAUGCCAUUGGCUCAGACCCUGACGACUGGAUAACUAUUGAUCCGGUGUCAGGUGACAUCAAACUGAAAAAGAUACCUGACAGAGAAUCUCCAGCCGUGAUCAAUGGGACAUAUUACGCUACGAUUCUCUGCAUUACUCAUGAGUUUCCGGGGAAAAUUCCCACAGGCACCGUGGCCAUCCAGGUGGAAGACUUCAAUGACAACUGCCCAGUCCUGACCAGUAACAUGCAGAAUAUGUGUGCCACGGAUAAAUCUAUUAUUGUGAGUGCGUAUGAUGAGGACGCGCACCCUCAUGGACCACCCUUCCACUUUUCUAUUGUCCAAGAAGGCACUGAAGGAAAAUGGCAAGUGCAGCAUCUCAAUGACACUGCCAUUCGACUGUUGACCGAGGAGCCCAUUUUUCCUGGUUUCUACACAGUGGAGUUUUUGGUGAAGGACAUGCAGGGCAAGGCCUGUCCAGAACCUCAGAAAGUCAUGGUCCAAGUUUAUAACUGUGAGACUGAAGGAGUGUUUAAAAAAAGCUGAGACGAUAACCUUGGAGUGGAGGUGUAUUCGACUAUGAUGGCCAUGGACUCCCCUGGUGGCUUGGUGGGCUGCUGCAGCCUUCUCAUCUACAAUUCCUCAAUGAUCUCGGACUGAUGAUGCAAUAGUCGCAACUCCAACAAGAAAAUGUAAAAUAAAUAGACCUGAGUCAAUAAUAAAAUAACCAAGCAAACACAAGCAUUUUACAGUUAUGCACUGUCUCUCUGUGCGGUACGCCAAUGAGAAAGAAAAACAUUAGAAAUACUGUACGCUAAAAUGGAAAAAUCUAAUCUCUUGUUUGGAGGAGAGAGCAGGGGAUGUCUAGGGUCUAGUUUGUCAGGAACUCAAACUGUCAUUUCAGAUCAAUCAGCACAUACUUUGGAACUGAACAUAAUCCUCUCAUAAUCCACCCCCACACCACACACAGUAUACAUUUCAUGAAUACAAAAAUGCUCACAUAUGUCUAAUGUCUUUUCCUUUGCAUUCACGCAAGUGUACUUUUAAAUAUUGUGCUAUUAAGUUUGGAGUCACCUGUGCUUAAAUCUUAAAUGCUGCAAUACUUUGUUAUCAUCUCUGUAACUGUUUGAUAAUCGUGUUGUUGUAAUUCACUAGAGAUCAAGGUGCAUUUUUUUUUUUUAUUAUUCUCAAGAGUGUGAUUCAUUCCUCCUUUCAUGUGUUUAUGUGUUUGUCUGGGUAGUUAGCACAUGUACUGUAUGUCGCCGAUGUACUGAUGUGCAGAAAAUGGGAAAACUAAUAAAGUUGGCAAGAAAAAUCGUUA